AUGGAGUCCGACCACAAAGGGUUUCAACAUCGGGGCACUUCCUACGCAGAAUCCGAAAUGAAAAAGCAUGCCGACCAUGGAUUUUACGAGACGAAAGAAGUUAACGCUGUGUCGUCUACUGCCGGUGAUGUUGCGAUUGGCGAGAACACCGUCCACCGGGCUCUUGAGCAGAGGCACAUUAGCAUGAUUGCAAUUGGAACCGGACUGUUCUUGGGUAUGGGUGAGGCUCUCAACAAAGGAGGACCUCUUGGGCUUGUGCUUGGAUACUUGGUGAUGGGACUCGUUGUUUAUGCCAUGACAGUAGCUUUGGGAGAGAUGGUGACAAUGUUCCCGGUCUCUGGGUCAUUUACUCACUACCCAUGUCGUUUCGUAGACCCAGCGCUUGGCUUCGCCGUUGGAUGGAAUUACUGGUAUUCGAUGACAAUCGCCGUCCCGAGUGAGGUUAUCGCAUCCGCCAUUGUCGUGGAGUAUUGGAAAACUCCCGUGAAUAAAGCAGUUUGGGUGACACUGUUCAUUGUACUCGGAUGUGCGAUCAACUUCCUCGGGGUGAGAUGGUACGGAGAGACAGAAUUCGCGUUCGCCGCGGUAAAGGUCGUCGCGGUGGUCAUCCUGAUUCUAGUCGGAAUAGUUAUUGAUUUAGGCGGGACACCCACUCACGACAGGAUUGGACUUCGGAAUUUUAUUAAUCCCGGACCAUUCAACCAAUUACAUGAGAUACCAGGAGCCGUUGGCAGGUUCUUAGCUUUCUGGACGGUAUUUCUCCAAGCAACUUACUCUUACAUGGGAACAGAAAUGGUCGCAAUCACAGCCGGCGAAGCCGCCAAUCCUCGAAAAACCGUACCCAAGGCCAUUGAACGAGUCUUUUACCGAAUCUUGGUUUUCUAUUUGGGAAGCACCCUUACCGUCGGUCUUUUGGUCCCUUCCUCAUCCCCGGAUCUCUUGGGGGGUACUGGUGAUGCCAGCUCUUCGCCAUUCGUAAUUGCAAUCAAAGCUGCUGGAAUCACCGUACUUCCUGAUUUGAUCAAUGUCGUCAUUCUGGUAUCAGCGAUUUCGGCCGCAAGCUCUAAGCUUUACGGUGGUAGCCGAGUUUUGUUCGGCCUUUCAAAAGAUGGAAUGGCACCUCGAAUAUUCUCUAAGUGCAACGGUUCUGGGCUACCCAUAUGGGCAUUAAUGGCAACUUGUAGUGCUGCUGGUCUCUCUUACAUGUGCCUGAAUAACAAAGCGAGUCUUGCCUUCCAAUGGUUCCAGAAUCUCUCAGCUAUGACUGGUAUCUUGACGUGGUGGGCAGUUUUAGUAUCCUACCUAUUUUUUUACAAUGGCUUGAAAGUCCAGGGUUAUAGUCGAGACGCAUUACACUAUAAAGCUCCAUUUCAACCAUAUGCUUCCUGGAUAGGCGUGAUUAUGCUCACGCUCAUUAUGUUCAUGAGCGGCUUCGAGACUUUUCUGAAAGGUGACUGGUCCACCUCAGAUUUUCUAGCAAGCUACUUGACACUCCCAAUUUUCUUGGGCUUCUACCUAUACUGGAAAAUUACCAAGCGAACCAAAUUCGUAAGUCCCAAACAUAUGGACUUUGUUACUGGGACACGUGAGCUAGACGAAAUGGAUGCACUGGAGAGAGAAAAGGCAGUCGUUCCCACCACGAAAUGGGGCAAAUUCAUUGACUGGUUAAUGUAAAUGUUUUCUUGGCUCCACCCCCCUCUGGAAGUAUUGUUUUCGAGGUAUUGGAAGGUCAUGCCACAAGAGUGAAGCAUCCCUAUUACCUUCCACUUGGAUGCUUUCCGCUGCGUAGUUAUCGCUAGAUGUACAGUCUUUAAUAUCUCCAUUCUAUUUGUAAUAAACUGUAAACCAGCACACGAGUCGACUCAUGAACACCCAGCCUUCAAAGCUGAUUCUAAACAUCGAGCUACGACAUCACACAAGCGCAGAAAUAGAUCCCAAUAGAUAGGACUCAUAGAGAAAUUCAAUUCAAUGAAUAUUAUGAUAUACCCAAGGGAAUUGAGCGGCAAAUCAGACGAUCUCUUGAGGGUAUCAGUAGAUGAUUUGUGAAUCAAGUUCACAGUUUCCUGGCAUGGAACAAUUAAGUUAAUUGUUGCGCAGGCAUGUCUACCGCAAUCAGACUUGGCUA